CCCACCUCCUCCCCGCGCCCGGCCGCCCGCUCGGUAUUAUGAUUUGCGCUGGGUGCGGGGAUUCGGCGGCCGGGAGGGAGUCGUCGGCGCCGCGGCCGCUGCAGACGGACGCCUUGCUGCCGGCUGAGAACCUCCUGAGAUCCUGCUUUGGCACCUCCAGCACUUGGCCUCUGCUCAGGAAAAAGAAGCAACUCACAAAACACAGUGGUAACAAGGAUUAUUCAGUAUGCGGUUUGUAGGGUGUCCGUGGCGACACUGAAAAUGAAUUCCUUAUUUUCACCAAAUAUUCUUAUAUGAGAAGAUCCAUUUUGAACAGUCUAUAUAUUUUUUCUUCUGUUGGACCAGCAUGGCAGGAUUCAAGCGAGGGUAUGAUGGAAAGAUUGCUGGAUUAUAUGAUCUGGAUAAAACCUUGGGUCGAGGUCAUUUUGCAGUGGUUAAACUUGCCAGGCACGUCUUUACAGGUGAAAAAGUAGCAGUCAAAGUUAUUGACAAGACAAAGUUGGACACUCUAGCCACUGGUCAUCUUUUCCAAGAAGUGAGAUGCAUGAAACUAGUGCAGCAUCCCAACAUCGUACGCCUGUAUGAAGUUAUUGACACCCAGACCAAACUCUAUCUUAUUCUGGAACUUGGAGAUGGAGGAGACAUGUUCGAUUACAUAAUGAAACACGAAGAGGGACUUAAUGAAGAUUUGGCCAAGAAGUACUUUGCUCAGAUCGUUCAUGCUAUAUCUUAUUGCCAUAAACUCCAUGUGGUUCACAGAGACUUAAAACCAGAGAAUGUAGUCUUCUUCGAAAAACAAGGUCUUGUAAAGUUGACAGACUUUGGUUUCAGCAACAAAUUUCAACCAGGGAAGAAGCUCACAACAAGCUGUGGAUCUCUUGCGUAUUCUGCUCCAGAAAUUCUGCUUGGUGAUGAAUAUGAUGCACCCGCAGUAGAUAUUUGGAGUCUGGGAGUGAUCCUUUUCAUGUUGGUGUGUGGACAGCCACCCUUUCAAGAGGCCAAUGACAGUGAGACAUUGACCAUGAUCAUGGAUUGCAAAUAUACAGUACCAUCCCAUGUGUCCAAAGAGUGUAAAGACCUGAUCACACGGAUGCUACAGAGAGAUCCCAAGAGAAGGGCCUCCUUGGAAGAGAUUGAGAACCAUCCUUGGCUUCAAGGAGUGGACCCUUCGCCAGCCACAAAGUAUAACAUCCCCCUUGUGUCAUACAAAAACCUCUCGGAGGAGGAACACAACAGCAUCAUCCAGCGCAUGGUGCUCGGGGACAUAGCGGACCGAGACGCCAUUGUGGAAGCCCUGGAAACCAACAGGUACAACCACAUCACGGCCACAUACUUCCUGCUUGCUGAAAGGAUCCUGAGGGAGAAACAAGAGAAAGAAAUACAAACCAGAUCUGCAAGCCCUAGCAAUAUCAAGGCCCAGUUUAGGCAGUCGUGGCCAACCAAGAUCGACGUGCCCCAGGACCUGGAGGAUGAUCUCACGGCCACUCCUCUGUCCCACGGGACCGUCCCUCAGUCUCCUGCUCGGGCUGCCGACGGCGUCCUCAACGGCCACAGGAGCAAAGGCCUGUGUGACUCGGCCAAGAAAGACGACCUCCCCGAGUUGGCCGGACCGGCGCUCUCCACGGUGUCACCUGCGAGCUUGAAGCCCACGGCCGGCGGGCGCAAGUGCCUGUUCCGGGUGGAGGAGGACGAAGAGGAAGAUGAGGAGGACAAGAAGCCCGUGUCCCUCUCGACGCAGGUGGUUCUGCGCCGGAAGCCCUCGGUCACCAACCGGCUGACGUCGAGGAAGAGCGCUCCCGUCCUCAACCAGAUCUUUGAGGAAGGGGAGUCCGACGACGAGUUCGACAUGGAUGAGAACCUGCCUCCCAAGCUGAGCCGGCUGAAGAUGAACAUCGCCUCCCCGGGCACCGUGCACAAGCGCUACCACCGCAGGAAAAGCCAGGGCCGCGGCUCCAGCUGCAGCAGCUCGGAGACCAGCGACGACGACUCCGAGAGCCGCCGGCGGCUGGACAAAGACGGCGGCUUCUCCUACUCCUGGCACCGGCGGGAUAGCGGCGAGGGGCCCCCCGGGAGCGAGGGCGACGGCGGGGGCCAGGGCAAGCCGAGCGACGGCAGCGGCGGCGGCGCGGACAAGGCCAGCCCGAGCGAGAGCGGCGCGGGCGGCGGCAGCCCCGCGGGCGGCUCGGGGGGCAAGCCCACGGGCACGUCGGGCAGCACGCGCCGCUGCGCCGGCCCCGGCCCCGGCCCCGGCCCCGGGGAGCUGGUCCAGAGCCUCAAACUCAUGAGCCUCUGCCUGGGCUCGCAGCUGCACGGCGGCGCCAGGUACAUUCUCGACCCGCAGGGCGGCUUGCCGUUCUCCAGCGUGAAGGUGCAGGAGAAGUCCACGUGGAAGAUGUGCAUCAGCUCGACGGGGGGCGCGGGGCCGGCCCCCGGCGCGGGCGGCGGCAAGUUUUUCUCCGACCACGUGGCCGACGGCGCCGCGGAGCUCGAACGGAUAAAGAGCAAGAACCUGAAAAACAACGUGCUCCAGCUACCUCUGUGCGAAAAGACCAUCUCUGUGAACAUCCAGCGGAACCCUAAGGACGGGCUGCUGUGCGCCUCCAGCCAGGCCAGCUGCUGCCACGUCAUCUGACCGCGGCCCCGCCGGCCCCUGGCACCCGCCCCCCGCCGCCCGCCGCCCGCCGCCCGCCCAGAGCGGAGCGCCCCGGCCCGGCCCGCCCCUCCGGCCACUCUCUGCGCUUCCUCUCUUCGAGGGGGCGUUCGGAGCAGUUAUUUAUUACCUUCGCGUUUGUUCGCCUGCCGACGUGACAAUGCAUGGUCUUUGUGCAUGCUGCUAGACACUGCUUUUCUUUUCCAGCCGAAAAGUCUCUUGUGUCAUUUUUACAUUUAUAAUUUUAAUGUGGAUGAUCAGGAUUAAAUUAAAAUGUAUAUUUGGGACCUAAGAUACACGGAGCACUUAGAAAUUGGAUGUCCUGCACUUAAUCUAGAGAGAAAAAAAUGCUUCUGUCUCUUUGUGAGAAACGUAAAUUCCCAUCCUGACCUUCUGCGAGAACGGAAACUCCGUGCCCUGAGGCACACGCCGUGCUGUCCGAGACCGAACCAAAGCAAUAACGUUGUGUUGCCGCCGGGCCUGGAGCCUGCGAGCGAGCGAGCGAGCGAGCGAGCGAGCGCGAGCCCCGCCUCCCGAGGCCCGUGAGGGGCGGAGUACAGCGAGCGUCUGCACUGAGAACCUUAAAACCAUGGUUUCAAUACACCCACACCUGUUUGUCUUAAGCUCUAGUGUGAAAACAAGGUUGGGCUCGUAAAAUUUAACUGAAAAAGAUUUUCUUGUUUUGUACUAGGUGAGAUAAAGUACUUAGAUUUAUAAGGCAGCUUCCCCCGUAGUGGUAAAUUACAAGCAGACAAUCUUAUUUUGUAACGUGAUGAAGUGAACUGAUGGUGUCUUAACUCUACUUAUAGAGUGUACGUCUGUCCAACAGAACAAAAAGAUGCUCGGUGUAAAUUCCUUCCCGUAGGGUACAUCCUAGGGUUUCCUUUAAAACCUUGUAGAUAGAAGAAACUGUAGGGCCUAAUAUGGAAGCAAAGGUGCACACAGAGGGUGGCAAAGUCAAAAGCCUAUAAAUUAAAAAAAAAAUUACUGGGAUGUGAUCUUUCGCAGUUUGGUAACUCGGUUGUCUCUUCUGUUUUUUCCAUUCUUCUAUGUUCUCUGGCUGUCCAGAAAGCUACGAGAAUUGGCUGAUCAAAAAAUACACCUAUAAAAGUGAAAUUCACACGUACAGCAGACAAAACGCACAAAGCCUGCUUUGUGUUUUGUUGUUGUUUUGGUUUUUUUCUUUUUCUUUUCUGGAGGUGUUUUCCACUUUGCCUUCCUGCCAAAACAAUAAUCGAAGAACUAACUCUUGCUUUAAACUGUUCCUGUACAAAGACGACUUUUGACCAGAUAAUCCUCUUUCGUGGCGUCUCGUCUCGUAAGACGCGCUAUAUUGCAGACGGCUAACUUUGAGAGGGGCCGGAUGCCGCCUCUGCAAGCUGUGCCCUGGGGGGUCUUCAAAGCGGUGCUUAUCCACACCGGGGGUGGGAUGCGGCCGGGGCGGGGGUGGGGGGGGCCUUCCCACUCCCAGCAGCUUCCCUUCGUGUCUCUGAAGUGACCGUCGCUUUGUCCGCAGAGGGGGCAGAGCACCCAAGGACUGCAUUCCAUGGCUCUCGGCUCCUCCAAGUACACGCUGAUUCUGCUACUCACGAUGCGUAUAGUUUAGUCCGCACUAGGGAAUUUCACAGUAUACUUACUAAACUAAGUAAAGGUGAUACUUAAAAUACUUCUUUUACUUUCUAGACCUAGGCUAGAUAUGUUUUAAGCUACAGCUCUAGUUCAUUGUGAUAUUUAUAACUGAAAGCUACCAGAAAAGAUGUGUGGGUGAAGCCAUAGAACAUAUUUGCUUGAAAUUCUGAGCAGGGAUCUUCUAAAGGGCCAGAAAUAAGAUGUGUGGUUCACAUAGACAAGUGAGCGUAACAUCUGUAUUAAACGUAGGAGAGAAGUUUCUAAAGGGCAUUGGCAAUAAACUCUUUGUUGCAGCUGUUUUCCAAGUAAUGUAAAUACUUCUUCCUGUGAUUAUGUAUAGCCUUGGAAUGGCACCUUUUAACUAACCCACGUGUGUUUGGUCUCCGAUGGUUUUUUAUAUUCCGACGUAUAUGUGGUGCUCACUCUAGGAGCGGCAGUGUUGACCGUUCAUGCUGCACAGCUGUAUCAUAGAGCCUUAUUAGUCGCGUGUGCUUGGUUGGCCCUCUGGGUAUACAGAGGUUAGUCUGAGUGGCGUCUUACUCACCUGUUUGUAAGUGAAUGACUGUGCAUGUGUUGUAUGUCAUAGUAUGUCGUCACAUAAAAGGGAGGGAGCAGAUAACCGUUACAUGAAGAUAAUAUUGGACCAAACUCUUUACUAGCUCUAAACAGUUUCUUGUACCCCUUAACCUGUCUUCAGAAGUUGCAUAGAGUUAUAGUAGUGUGUAAAUUAAAUAUUGUGGAAAAACAAUUAGUCUUGUAUUUUUCUGUACGUGUGUGUACAUAUAUUAUAUAUAUAUACACAUAUAUAUAUAUAUAUAUAAAAUUAUGUACUUCUGGCAAUUCUAUCUGUAUUUAAAGACGUGACAAUCUCGACACCGAUCUUAAGAAUAGCCGUGAGACUGAAUCGAAGUAAGGGUCUCCCUACCAAGUGAGAACUGAUGUGUGUUAAGAGGGUACAGAAUCAUCAGCUGAUUUGGUCGGUUGCUUCCACUGCUGGUGGAUUUUCCUCAUUGUGUAAACAUUGACAGGUAUGUGACAGACGGGAAGAACAAUCCAAAUAAUAAAGUGGCAUAUUGGUGUUCAGCAAUAUAA